AUGCUCCGAAUUAUCUCGUUUCUAGUAUUACUCCUGCUGCUAUCGGUUCACUGCCUUGCCGCAGGUAUAUCUGUUCAUUUAACAAUUGCCUCAAGACUUCACCCGUUUCUACCCAUGGACAUCAGAUUUAAAUAUUCUUCCUAUUUAGCAGGCGCUUUCUAUCCAGAUGCAUUUUAUGGCUGUAUGGGGAAGUCCGAUUAUGCUGAAGCUGCUCAUUGGCCUCCAUUCUUAGCUAAGGCGACGGAACUUUAUCUUGAAAAGCUGAAUAGAUAUUUAAGCAAGAAAGCUCAAUUGACAAAAAUUCAACAAGCAUCGGCAGAAUUUGAACAGGAAUUUGAUGAACUAAUGAAGUUUAAGGCGUUUAUCUAUGGGAUAUUCACACAUCAAGUUGCUGAUGUGUCUUGGCACUCUCUUCGUGGAUCACAUCAGGGUUUACUCCCGUUUCUCGCUGCAGCUGAAUUUAAUGGCAGUGUAUCGGAUGCACAUACUUUCUUAGAUACUGCAGGAGACUUCAUCUUACUACCAAAAAUGUUUUCCAACUUGGAAACAGCAGACCAGGAUAAACUUGAGGAAUAUUAUAAUACCCGCUGGAGCAUACCCAUCAACGAUAUUAUAGAGGUAUACAAUCGGCUUGGGUUUCCAUCCCUGUUCAAAUCGCAGGUGCAGAUUUGUGUUCUAAGAGGGUAUGCUGCCCUUCAAGGGGAAACGUCAACUGUCAAAACUGCAUUAUCUGUCAGAAGUUUGGGUUACUACUGGGAGCAUUCACCUCUUCUUACCGAAACAUUGGAUGAUUACUUUUAUGGAGGCAUAGACGAGAUGAUACGGACAACCAAGUACUGUAUGCAGAAUCUUAACAGGUGGUUCAAUGGUGAUCUGGACGAAGAUUCGUGGUUGGUAUGUUCCAUUUUCAAUGGUUCCAAGAAGGCUCUUUUAUAUGAGGAUUUCCGUACUGAGGGACAAACCUUGCAAAUUUCACAGAUAGAUACUGGCAGCAAAACUUUAGAAUCAAUAAUUCCGGAUUCUCUCUUUGGGUACUCCCUUACAGUUCUUUCUGAUGGAACUUUGGCAGUUGGUUCUCCUUCAGAUGGAGGUGAUGGUGCCGUCUAUGAACUAUCAAUAGGCCAAAUUAUCAAGAGGUCUGGUUUAGUCGAGGCGAGAAAAAUAAGUCUUACUCAAGAUGUUGUUCCAUCUGAAGCCGGAUUAAGGUAUCCACCUAGAUUUGGUUUUAAAACCGCUCCCUGGACGUUAUCCAGGGGCAAUGAAUAUUUAGCUGUUUCAGAACCAGGAAGCUCUAAAAUAUACAUUGUAUCACAAGGUAUAAUCAUAGCUAGUAUCAACUUUGAAAGCGCUGCCACUUCCUUGGGGAGUAGUGGAUUAAAGCAUUACGGUUCGCAUCUUUACACAUACGAUGAAGAUGGCGAUGGCAUGGAGGACCUUGUGCUUAGUUCACCAACUGCUGAUAUUAAUGGAAAGCUUCAGCAAGGUGCUGUUUUUGUUUUAAAUGGGCGCUCAGUAUAUCGUAAAAUGCAAUUUGGCAAGAUGUUCCACCGGUGCGUUAUGAUCAAGUUUUCUGAUGUGGUGAAAAAAGUUUACAGAUUGCCGGAUAGGUUUGAAUUAGAAGGAAACAGAGAACUGUUCGGUGAUGGGGUAGCAUUUACAAAAAACUUUGCAUUGAUCAGCAUGACUUCUACAUCCUCUGUUAUAGUGUUCGAUAGGCAUACUGCUAGAUAUCUCAGUUCGAUAAGUUCUUUAGAUAUUGCAGCAAAAACACGUGCUACUUCCGGAGAGUCCGGACUAUUCGCUCACAACUUUAUUUUGACCGGCAAACACAAUCAUCUUGAAUGGGCCUUGAUUUCUGCUUCUGGGGAAACGGUUGGAGAUUGUGUUAUGUGUGGGGCAGCAUACUUAUACAUCACGCGAGGAUUUGGAUUGCAAUUUGUCGUUAAAAUUGUGCCAGGACAAAUAAGCUUCUUUUCGUAUUCUAUGUUUGGAACAAGCGCUACCUUUUCAGAUGUGUCAACUGGAACUGUUAUUAUUUCAGGCUCGGGAUAUGAUGGGUUCAAGGGUGCAGUUUGGGAAGUUUCAAUUUGUCGGAUAUUGGAUUCAUGGGUAAACCGAGACGGUACAAUUAGAAAUGAAAAAAUUUUCGUGGCUAAUAACAUCAUUGCUAUUGGGCCUUCCGGUAUAGGAUACACGGAAUUUGGAAAAUCGCUGGCAUUAAGCAAGCAUGGGAAUAACAGAUACUUGAUCGUGGGGAUGCCUAGAUAUGGUUACUAUAGGGUUUCUGAUGGUUCACAAUACAAGGGGCGAAUUGGGGUAUUUGAGAAGUCUGCUAUUCUGGCAGAGGUGCCUAGACCUAUCACAUCUUAUGAAGAUGCUGAAAGGCCAUUUCUUGCACUCUUAGGCAAGCUUUCUCCGUUCCAACUCGCAAAAGUUUUGUCUCACGACAAAAAUAAUCGUUGGUUCAGUUCUGUUUUCCAGGAUGAUAAUUCUGAGCAGGUGAUAACAGAAGGAGUUAAGUCUAAGGUAGAGUCUAGCAAUACUGAGUUCGAAAUGUGGCUUGGAGAGCAAAAAGAUAGAGCUUUUGAGAGAAUUUUAGAAAAUAUCGGAGGAUCCAAAUGUCAAGAUAAAAGUGUAGCACCAGGUGCUGUUCUUGCCUCACCUUCGAAAAUAAGACCAAAUUAUUUCUAUCAGUGGGUGAGAGAUGCUGCGAUCACCGUGAACUCCUUGGUCGAAUAUUUAGAUGACCAUCUGUUCGAAGAUCCAGUCAUGUAUAAUUUACAAGCUAUAAUUGAAGCUUACAUUAUCAACUCUUACAAGUUGCAGAGACUUGCGAAUCCUUCCGGGGGGUUUAAAACACUAGCAGGUCUCGGUGAGCCAAAAUUCAUGCCCGAUUCAACACCGUUUAAUGGUCCUUGGGGAAGACCCCAAAGAGACGGACCCGGUCUUAGAGUUAUAACGAUUGCUAACUAUAUCGAUCUACUUGAUAAAUACCAGAAGAACUUUACAACGCCCGAGUUGUUGUCUCAAGGUUCUCAGUUUGUUUUCGAUAAGAUUAUAAAGCCCGAUCUUAGUUACAUCAUUAAAUAUUGGAGCAGCACAGGGUUUGAUCUCUGGGAGGAGGUGGAUUCAAUACAUCUUUUUACAAGUUUGACGCAGCUUAAAGCCUUAAAGAUCGGUUUGAAUUUGGCAGACAGAUUCGGGGAUUCUGAAUUACACAAAAAAUUGGUAAUUGCCUUUAACAGUCUCCGCUUUUUCAUAUCUGUCGACUCCGGAUUUAAACCAUCACGGAUACCAUACCUUAUCGAAACACCUAGUCUGGUUAUCCAAGGCCGCAGAUCUGGUUUAGAUAUAGCCUCAGUUUUAGCCUCUCUCAGAGCUCAUGAUAUAGAUGACUCCGAAGACACUGUUUAUAUUCCAUUCCCAAUCACUGAUGCUGCUGUUAUGAACACUUUAAUCGCAUUAAUGGAUGAUAUGAAAUACAGAUACCCAAUCAAUCAUGAAUUACUUGGAAUUUCAUCGGGAUAUGCUCUCGGACGAUACCCUGAAGAUAUAUACGACGGAUACGGGAUUAGUGAAGGUAAUCCUUGGUUUAUAUCCACCGCUACAGCAUCAGAGUUAAUUUACAAGCUAGUAUACAAUCUAUACAAACUUCGAAAGGGUCUUGAAAUCCAGCCCGAGCAGUCCCAGUUGUUUGCUUACAUUUCAUCGCUUCCAACCUCAGCCAAAACGAUCCAUAUUCCUUACAAUUCUCAGGCAUUCAAAUCCGUUACAGCGUCCCUGAUUGACUACGCAGACACAUUUUUGGCUAUAAUCAGGAAGCAUGUGGAUGCUGAAGGUCAUAUGAGUGAACAAUUUAAUAAAUAUAGCGGCUAUCUGGAAGGUGCUGAGGAUUUAACCUGGAGUUAUGGUUCGUUCUGGAGUUCCCUUAGAUGGAGAUCUAAAGCCUUGGAACUAAUGAGUUCUUGA